UUAGCCAACAAUGAAUUUAGUCACCAAAAUCUAUUAUUUAAAAAUAAAAGUUUUUUAAAAUAAAAUCUGACCCAUUUAAUUCAUUCCUUCCGCCAUUGACAAAGAUUCUUCUCCGCUUCAAAUAGUCUCUCUCUCUCUCUGUGUCUUCCUCUGCUUCUUCCAAUUUCCCCGCCGCGCCACCACCGGAACUCCCUCUUUCUCCUUCCCCUGGUGUCGUCUCCGGCGCCGUCACUGCAGAAACAGAUCAAAAAAAGAGAAGCUUUUUGAUGGAGGAUACCAACGAAACACAGUUGCGAGAUGUGCCUUGUGUUGCUGAUGAUGCCCUCAAGGAAGAACUUGGGGAUGAGGCAGACAAAGAUCAAAACUUUAGUGAAACUCCCCAGCAGCCCCUUCUUCUUGGCCAGGCUAAUGGAGUUGCUGCUCACUCUGAAAAGAAGACUCGUGAUAAGGUGCAGUUUUCGAGUCCUGAGGUUGGUGAUGGAAGUGUCAAAAAGCGCAAGACUUGGUUGCUGAAUGACUCUGAGGCACAGGGAGAUGAUGAAGCAGGGACGCCAGAAGAGCAGCAGGCGUUUCUCAUAGAGUUGGCGACCUUUCACAAAGAGAACUACCUGGACUACAAGCCUCUUAAGUUUUAUGGGCAGCCUCUAAAUGCUCUCAAGCUGUGGAGAGCAGUCAUUAAACUAGGUGGCUACGACGUGGUCACCACAUCAAAGCUAUGGCGGCAAGUUGGAGAAUCCUUCAAUCCUCCAAAGACAUGCACAACUGUCUCCUACACAUUCCGCAUUUUCUAUGAGAAGGCACUUCUAGAGUACGAAAAGAGUCUAAUGAAAAAUGGUGACCUUAACCUUCCUGAUUCAGCAUUCAAUCUGUCUUCAAGCCUCCAGAAAGAGGUCAUUAGCCAUCAAGGUUCAGGAUCAGGCAGGGCUCGAAGAGACUCUGCAGCUCGUGCUAUGCAAGGCUGGCAUACACAGCGCCUUGCUGGAUCUAGAGAGUCUACUGAGACUAGUGUUAAGGAUAAGGGCUCUAACUCAACCCCAAAGCAUAAGAAACUCAAAAGCAUUGGUAAUUUUGUUUUUUCUCAAGGGUUGCUUAAUAUUAAUGUGUGUUUAAAUUGUUUUUUUCCAGGGCUGCCAAAGCCGAGACCACAAACUUGCACGGACCUUGUUGUUUCACAAGAAGGAGCAGAAAAACAGUCGGUUGCUGAUGUUGUUGAUGAUGGACCCAUUGCUGACUGGGUGAAGAUAACUGUCAAAGAAACUGAGAACUCCUUUGAGGUAUUUGCUUUGGUUCCUGGACUUCUUCGCCAUGAGGUUCGAAUUCAAUCAGAUCCAGCUGGAAGGCUGAUUAUAACAGGAGAGCCUGAGCAGCUUGACAAUCCUUGGGGCAUUACACCUUUCAAAAAGAUUGUUAGCUUACCAUCAAGAAUCGAUCCGCUUCGCACAUCUGCGGUCAUAAGCUUGCAUGGUCGGGUGUUCAUACGAGCUCCAUUUGAACAGUGACUCCUCUUUAAGAGUGACCUCCUUGUUUUGUUCUUUAGAAUUUCAUUUGUAUCAGAACAAUUUUGUUAGGCUGCUGAAGCAGUUUUAACUUGUAAUUUUAGUGUCAAGACUAAAGUUAAGAGAAGACAAUCAAACAUUGUAUCUUGCUGUUAGAUUUUUCUUUUGUAGAUGCUGCUUAAAGCCUUUUAGGAUGCAACCAACAAUGAUAUCCUUUGGUCCGAAAUUGGAAUGUUAUAUUUAUGUUUUCUUUAUAGA